GUCUUUAAUAGCGGCGCUAGUUCACAAUUAUCUAUUUGACAUUUUUUUUGCAAUUUGUUGCACAAGACAUUUUAACUUUUGUUUAGAGAUCUUCAAGUUGGUUGUACAAUUUUCUUUAAGACCACUGUCCUCUUCGUCAGUCGCUCGUUCCUUGCUGGGUUCGCGUCGUGGAGUAGAAGGUGCCGCCGCCGAUUGCUGGGUUCGACUCGUGGAACAGAAGCCGCUGCCGCUAGUCGAGAUUCGUUGGGGCACUGGUCUCCCGUCGUGCCGCCGACGAAAUCUGUUCUCACCUCUGCCUCUGUCGCAUUCAAUUUUUGGACUCUCUUAUCAUUACAAUUGUUGACAGAGUUGCCGUGAGCCACGUGUCCCACUCUGAUUAUUGUGAAUUUGUAUGCAAGCAAAAAACACGUAGAGCAAGCAAGCAUGAAAGGAGGAAGGAAGAAUUUGAAAAGGGAUACUGAAGAAGUGAGCUUAAAUCUUGAAGAUGGCCAUGCCAUAAUGCAAGUGUUGUCCCUUAGAGGUUCUAAUCUCAUUGAGGUACUGGAUUCACAAGGCAAGAAAUCAUUGGCCCUAUUUCCAGCUAAGUUUCAAAAGAGCAUGUGGAUAAAGCAAGGUAGUUUUGUUGUGGUUGAUGACAGUGGGAAGGUGAAGGCUCUUGAAUCAGGCAGCAAGGUGACAUGUAUUGUUUCUAAAGUUCUCUUCUAUGAACAAGUGCGUGCUCUUCGGAAGUCACCGGAAUGGCCAGAAGUCUUCAAAGCAACAGUUUUGGAUGAUUCUAAUGGAAGUCGAGAGGGAGAGACUUCCCAACAAGAAGAUAAUGAUCUUGAAUCGAGCGGUGAUGAGAACGAUGGACUACCUCCACUUGAAGCCAAUACAAACAGAAAUAGACCGUUUGAAUUGCACCAGGAAUCUGAUUCAGGUUCAGAAUCCGAUUCUUGACAAUUGCCUCGGUGCCCUUGAAUUAGAAUUAGUGAGAUGACAGCAAUUUUAAUGUGUAUCUUUGAUUUCAGUGUUAGAAUUCUAAAACAGCAAUAUAAUCUCAAAUUUUUGAAUCAGAAAACGUGCUGAAAUGCACCUUUUAUUUA